AUGAACAUCGAUGACAAUAAGAACUUAAAGGAGUCUAUCGAAUGUGAUGAGCUGUGUUUUGGGUAUGAUAGUAGUUCUGAUAAGGAGGAGGAAGAUCUUAUCAACAAUGAGGAUAAAUUCAGUGAAUCCAUGAAGGUGUCGAAUUGUAGCUAUAAAAUUCAAGAAGUUGAGAAGAAGUUAAACGAAUUAAGCUAUGAUGACAUGUGGGGUAUUGAGUUUGACACCGUUGAUCAAUGUUGUGAUUUUUAUAGAAAUUAUGCUAAAGUGCACGAUUUUGUUGCGAGACUUGACGAAAAAGGACAAGAUUUUAAUGGAAACCUUAAUAUGCGACAGAUUGUUUGUAACAGAGAGGGUACACGUAGAAAAAAGUACUUGGAGAUGGAGAAUAGAAAAAAGGAUCACAAGCCAAUCACAUGUGUAAUGUGUCAAGCAAAGAUUAGAUUUCACUAUGACUUGAUUUUACAAAAGUGGCGGGUCACCAAAUUUGAAGAGACUCACAACCAUGACCUCAUCCCACCUAAGUAUAUCCAGUUUGUUCCGGCAUAUCGAACAAUGACUGACGCUAAUAAAGCACAGACUGAUAGUUUGCACUUUUAUGGUGUUAGAACUUGUCAUAUAAUGGGGUUCAUGGUGGCACAAAAAGGAGGUCCGAACAGGGCGGGAUUCACAAAAAAAGAUCUAUACAAUCAUUUUGACAGAUCGAGGCGUGCAAAGAUAAAAGAUGGUGAUGCACAUGCAGCAUUGAGUUACCUAAUUUCUAAGGCAGAUGAAGAUCCACUAUUGCAAGAAAAGUUUACUUUGAAGGAUGUUAAGCUUGAUAAUUUAGUGUGGGCCGAUGGGUCUAGCAUCACUGAUUACCAAUGUUUUGGUGAUGUGUUAGCCUUCGACACGACAUACCAAAAAAAUAAGUAUAAUAGGCCGUUGGUUGUCUUCUCAGGAACAAAUCAUCAUGGACAAACAUGCAUUUUUGGUUGUGGUUUAUUAUCCGAUGAGAAGCGGGAAACCUAUGUUUUGGUGUUGAAUAUGUUCAUGGAGAUAAUGGGUAAUAAACAACCUAUAGCUGUGGCGACAGAUGGAGAUCUUGCAAUGAGGGAGGCAAUAAAAGAAGUUCUUCCAAACGCUGCACACCGUCUUUGUGCAUGGCAUCUCUACCGUAAUGCUUGUGAAGCUAUAAAGAAUUCAAAAUUCUUAGAUGGGUUAAAACACCUAAUGUAUGGAAAUUUUUUUCCUGAAGAGUUUGAGAGAAGAUGGCAUAACUUGAUAUCUGAGUACGAGCUUUUUGAGAAUGAAUGGUUGCAAAAGACAUACAGGAUCAAAGAAAUGUGGGCUUCCUCAUAUUUAAAUGAUAAGUUUUUCAGUGGAAUCAGGACUACGUCACAAUGCGAAGGUAUCCACUCCUUGAUAAAGAAUUACAUUAGUAAAAAGUGCUACCAUUUAGAAUUGAUACACAACUUUAAUGAAGCAUUGACGCAGUAUCGGACAAAUGAACUUUUAUCCGAUUUUAAAUCAUUAUUUACAACUCCUGUGUUGACCACGUGUCUUCAAGACAAUGAGAAGCAAGCGGCCGAUAUUUUCACCAGAAGCAUGUUUAAAGAGGUUCGGUGUGAGAUAGAAGAAGCUGGAAAAUUAAAUGUUACACAUUCAGUAAGCAACAAUGAAGUUAAGGUGAGAAUAAAUAAAUAUAGGCAACCCGGGAGGGAAUGUGAAGUACAAUAUGAUAAAGCCACUAAAAAAUUUGCUUGUGAUUGUCGUUUGUUUGAAAGUUGUGGCAUUCCAUGUUGUCAUAUUUUUUGUACUAUGAGACAUGACCACAUCGAUAUCAUUCCUAAUACUCUUGUCUGCACGAGGUGGACUAAAAAUGCUAAGAAGGAUUAUGUAUGUUCAGUUACAUCCGCAGAAACUGACUCUGAAAAUAUUGCUGGUAUUAGAUAUGGUGCUCUAGCAACACUAUGUUUCACAUUAUGUGAGUCGGCAUCAAAGAACCGAGAUGACUUCAUGGAGAUUAGAGAUGACAUUUUUGGACUAAUCCAAAAACUUAAAAAGAGACGCGAUCCUGACUCCAAUGUUCUUUCUAAUGCGUGUAUGGUCGGUGACCCAACUGUUGUGAAGACAAAGGAAGCCCCUCGUCAAAAUAGAUGGGCAAUAAAAUCUCGUAAGUGUUCUCAUUAUACACGUCGUGGUCAUACGAUUCGAAGGUAUCCAGAAUUAUACAGUAGAGACGUCCUACAUACUGGUCAUCACCAAUCGAGUGAUGAACUCAAUGAUGAAAAGAGUUAUUCUGAAGAAGAAAUAAAUCACCAAAGCAAUGAUGAGAGCAAUGUUCAGAGUGUAGAUCACAGAUAUUUUAAUGACAAUGGAACAAAUAAAUUAGCUAUACAAAAAAAUAAGAAUGGAGUUAAGGCUACCAAGGGUGUGAAAGUCAGCGAGAGUAAUGAAGAACACCAUUACGAUGGUGGAUCGGAAGCGGCAAACACAGGGUCACGGAGACUUAGAACAAUUCCAUUUCCUUUGUACGAAGUUACAGGCUUGUAUAGGCAGUUUCCACUUCUUAUUGUAAGGGCAAAAAGCUUCCCAAUUAAAGAAGGAAAUCAAGCUACGCUAACCAGGUCAAAUGGCUCCAAAAGAGUACAAAAAGCAAGCCGCGGAGAACAAAGGAUAGUUCGAUCAUGGAAGUCGUCCCCAAGCAACUACAUCUACCUGGUAGCACAAAUGGGCUUAGAAGCGGCUAGUAGCAUGUUCCAUUUCGUCAUGGGAAAGAAAGAGAUUAGGCGUUGGGGUAACAGUUCCAGAAGCUUGAGUGCCACCAACAAGAGAUUGUGA